GGUGACGCGCCACCAAGCGACCGGAAGUAAAAGAGGAAGCAGCUCCUCAUUUGCUGCGUAAACGCCAUUAGUUGCACGUCAUCGGCGCGGGAACUUUUGUUUACCCAACUAGCGGAGCGUUAUGUCGAUACACUUUAUGUCUAUCUAUAAAUAUAAUAUAUUUAUAUUAUCUAUCAAUUAGACUACAGACCCGACUUCUCAGGUGUAGGUGAUGGAGGUGUAGGUGAUGGAGGUGGACAUUAUAGAGUUCAAAGCGCCGACGGAAAGCAACAAAGCUCUCUUCAUAUGGGACCUCCAGGCCGGCUACAGCCACGCCUACAUCUAUGAGAGGGUGUCCUCUGCGUUCUCCUCCUUCGGACCCCUCUUCCUGGUCAAGGUGCUCCCCAACUCUCCCUCUGUGUCUCCUGGCUUCUACUCGCUGGUGAAGUUCUACUGCUCCAGACACGCCCUGCAGGCCCAGAGAUCUACUGAUGGAACCCUCCUGUUCCAGAGCACUCCUGUCAAGGUAAGACUCAGUACCCGACAGGCUCCCUUCCUCCAAUUUGACAACCAGCUGCUAAGCCACUCCCGCUGCCUGGAACUGGCCAAUCACUGCCUGGGCUUCAACGGCUGGUCCACACGCAUCAUUAAUCUGAAAGUGUUGCCUUCUGAUUCUCUGGAAGAGGGGCAGGGCCAUGAGGCCAGUGGGAGGAGCCAGGAGGUAAGUGGGAGGAGCCAGGAGGUCAGUGGGAGCCAGACGACGCUGCGCUAUGGGUGUUUACUGGAGCUGUCGUUUCCCCAACAUGGCGUUUCAACAAGAGGAGUGGCCGUCAUAGAGGAGACCUUCUCCCUGUCUGGGCCAGCAGUGUGUAUGCAGAAACACAGUAAGCUCCAGAGAUGGGUCCGAGACAAGGCCUUAGUACACGCCUUCAGCUCAGUACUGCUAAUACUACUAGGAGAUGGACGUGUGAUGGUGGAGCUGAGACCAGGAGACCAGCUUCGACUUGAAGACCAACCUGAUGAGGUCAUCAAGGUGAAUGAGUUAGUCACUGAGCCUGAGGAAGAGGAGCCAGCUGACCUCGCCUUCUCCUGAUUCAUCCAAAUAAUGACUCCUGAAGCCCUACGCCCAAAUAUGGACACCUGAAGCCCUAGGCCCAAAUAAAUUAAUCCGAAGUCCUGCGCCCAAAUCAGCACUCCUGAAGCCCUACGCCCAAAUAAGGUCUCCUGAAGCCUUAUGCCCAAAUAAGGACACCUGAAACCCUAUGCCCAAAUAAGGACUCCUGAAGACCUACGACCAAAUAAGGACCCCUGAAGCCCUAUGCCCAAAUAAGGACUGAUGAAGCCCUACACCAAAUAAGGAUAUCAGAUCGGUUUGCCCACUGAAGGAAUCUGAAUCUAUCUAUAAAGACAUCUAAAUCUGUACGUCCAUUAAGGCUCUUCACUGCCACCUUUCAAAUAAAGUUUUCAAACC